GAAGUCCAUAGGUCAUGUAGUUUUCUUUUUCUUUUUCCUUUUUUUUUUUUAGUUUCUUCUUUUUUACUUUCAUAUUUUGCAGAUGGAACCUGUUCCAAGUGGCAAUCUCCCGCCUGGUUUUGAUACAUCUACAUGCCGCAGUGUGUAUGUGGGUAAUAUCCAUCCUAGUGUCACCGAGAGCCUUCUAGUUGAGGUCUUUCAGUCCGUUGGUCCGCUAGAAGCAUGCAAGCUCAUUCGGAAAGAGAAGUCCUCUUUUGGAUUUGUUGACUACCUUGAUCGGAGGUCGGCGGCUCUAGCAAUAACGACACUGCAUGGGCGCCAAAUUUAUGGCCAGGCAAUUAAGGUGAAUUGGGCAUAUGCAAGUGGCCAUAGGGAAGAUACAUCUGGACACUUCCAAAUUUUUGUUGGUGAUUUGAGCCAUGAGGUUACCGAUGCAACUCUUUUUGACUUUUUCUCAGCAUAUCCUAGUUGUUCUGAUGCGCGAGUCAUGUGGGACAAGAAAAAUGAACGUUCCAGAGGUUUUGGCUUUGUUUCAUUCCGUAAUCAAGAGGAUGCUCAGAAUGCCAUAAAUGAAAUGACAGGUAAAUGGCUUGGAAGUAGACAGAUUCGGUGUAAUUGGGCAAUCGCGAACAGUGGGGAGGACAAACAAGACAGUGAUAAUCCUAAUGCAGUUGUAUUAACAAAUGGAAAUUCUGGUAGAGUAGAAAAAGAGCCAAAGAAUUUGAACGGCGAGUCUCCUGAAAACAACCCUGCCUACACAACUGUAUAUGUUGGUAACUUGGCUCAUGAGGUGACCCAAGCUGAGCUUCAUCGCCAAUUUCACAUUUUGGGGGCUGGUGUGAUUGAGGAAGUGCGCAUACAAAGGGAUAAAGGAUUUGGGUUUGUGAGAUACCGUACCCAUGAAGAAGCUGCUUUAGCCAUUCAACUAGCCAAUGGAAAGAUUGUUUCAGGAAAAUCAAUGAAAUGUUCAUGGGGAACAAAGCCCACUCCACCAGGUACAGUAUCAAACCCGCUGCCGCCCCCUGUUUCACCUUUCCAGCUCCUACCAGCCGGCUACACUGCGACAGAGCUUCUGGCUUAUCAGCGCCAGCUCGCGUUGAGCCAGGCAGCUGCUGCUUCUGGCGCAAUGGCUGGGCUACUAUCCAGCGGCUCCCAGGCAAUGUACAAUGGCUAUCCGUCCAGCUCAUCUGCGCAGCAGCAUUUGUACUACAAUUGAAGCUCAUGACGCAACUCGUAAUUGGUCGGGUUUUGCUACAUUUAGGUCUUCUCUUUAUCAAUAUUUUGUGACAUUUUUUAAUGCUAUCAGAAUUAAUGUUUGACCUCUAAGUAUUGCACAUGUCUGUUGCCAUGGGAGUUGGUGUUUGAUAGUGUGUUAUUUGACAAGCAAUAUUAUGCCAUUAAUUGCCUUUGAAUUCUUAGCU